AUGCAUAUGGAUCAUUUUUUUACUGCUGUUUCUGUGAAAGGUUUUUACAUUGGUCGAGAUACGAGAAAGACGAUGUCAGUGGAAGCUUUUGAACACAAAAUUAUUACGUUAAGUAACCAGAGUAAAACGAAGAGUAUCAUUUUCGAAAGUGGAUCAUUAAUCAAGGAUGAUUUGACAGAUCAUAUCCAUUCUUUACCAUGUAAAAUAGAAUAUGAUGGGACAGCAAAGGUUUCACAAUACUUCAUUGUAGAUACUUUAGAAAAUAAUGAGAAAGUAGCUACAUUUCGAGGGCGCCCUUUAAAUGGUAUACAACAGAGAAUUCCGGAAGCCUAUCUUUUAUAUGUAGUAGUCGAAAAAAAAAAUUGUGGUUUGUUAUUGGUGUUUUCACACAUGAGUCGUGUUUUCGAAGUGGUUGGUUCAGCAAAAUCGUUCAUGCAUUGGGAGUAUGAUCGUAAACACAGUCAUGAUUCUCCUCUUGCUCAUGCUUUUGAUUAUCUUACUGUCGCGGAAGCGUUUUCUAGUAUUACAUGA